AUGAGCCGCAUUAACUCUAGGGUCGUGAGGUCACACGUCGAGCAAGACACUCUCGCCCAGGCCGCAGCAGUGACCGGACAGGACUUGGAACAGGUGCAGCAUCUAUUGAGUCCCGGAAACACAGUGGCUCUAGACAUGAAGUGCAGGUUGUUUGGGAUUCUACUGGCUCAAGAUGAUAAAGCCAGAAGGCUCAACCGCAAAGUCAUGACGGAGUCGACGGCAGCACUGGGUGCAAAGCACCGCCGGAGGCUCAUGGCCUUGAAUCAUCUGGCCGUUAUUGAUUAUCACCAUUUCUACGAAGACGUGGAGGGUGAAGGUCAGAAGUUCCGGAAUGCUAUGGCACUGGCCGCUGCAUUCUUUCACCAGUGGAGAGAGGCUUUUGGCGAACGCGAUCUCGACAUAUUGAAGAGCAUGAGCCUUUUGGCAGGGCUUGUCGUUGAGCAGACGCAAUGGGUUCGAGCCAAGGAGAUCCAUACUCCUGGUGAGGAUUACGAAAGAAACGGUGGGGCAUGA